CCGGAUGUGACGUCUCAGUGGGAGUGCAGUGAUAAACACAAUGUAAUGUCAGUGUGAUAUUGAGCGUUAUAACACUCCGCUAUGAAGCGCGCGCUGAGUCUCGGCGCUGCUUUAUUCAGCAGAAGCUCCACAGCAGCGUUAAGACGCGUCACAGUCCUCCAUCUUCACAGAGAUGUGUGUGACGUGGCAGUGGUGGGAGGUGGAAUCGUGGGAUUGGCUACAGCCAGAGAGCUCACCCUGAGACACCCGAACCUCACAUUCACCCUGCUGGAGAAAGAGAGAGAGCUCGCACGGCAUCAGUCGGGGCGGAACAGUGGGGUGAUCCACAGCGGUGUGUAUUACACUCCCGGCUCUCUGAAGGCUCGGCUGUGUGUGAGUGGAGCGGCUCUGGCCUACGACUACUUCGACAAGAAGAACAUCCCGUACAAGAAAUGUGGCAAACUGAUUGUAGCAGUGGACAGAGAGGAGGUUCCGCGUCUGAAAGCUCUGUAUGAACGCGGACAGAAGAACAACGUGAAAGACCUCAAACUGCUCAGUGCCAGAGAGAUCAGAGAGAGAGAACCUUACUGCAGGGGGAUCAUGGCUGUGGACUCGCCCCACACGGGGAUAGUGGACUGGCGUGCGGUGUGUUUAUCGUACGCUGCAGAUUUCCAGCAGGCCGGAGGCUCCAUCAGAACCAUGUUCACCGUCUCAGACAUCAAACCUGCAGCACAGAGUCCACCUCAGAGCUCUGACGGUCUGAAAUAUCCGAUUAUCAUCAGGAGCUCAGAGGGACAGGAGGUUCGCUGUCGGUUCGUGUUGACGUGUGGUGGUCUUUAUGCCGAUCGUCUCUCAGAGAUCUCAGGCUGCAGCGCCGAGCCGCGCAUCGUACCCUUCAGAGGAGAUUACCUAGUGCUCAAACCCGAGAAAAACUACCUCAUCAAGGGCAACAUCUACCCUGUUCCAGAUCCUCGGUUCCCGUUCCUCGGGGUUCACUUCACCCCCCGUAUGGACGGCAGUGUGUGGCUCGGACCAAAUGCUGUGCUGGCGUUUAAACGUGAGGGAUACACACUGACCGACUUCAACACACACGACCUCACAGACGCACUCGCCUUCAGGGGUCUGCAGAAGUUGGUGAUGAAGAACGUGUGGUUUGGUGUAGGUGAGAUGUACAGAGGGAUGUUUAUCAGUGCGCAGGUGAAACUCCUGCAGAAGUACAUACGUGAACUCCAACCAAGUGAUGUGGUCAGGGGUCCAUCAGGAGUGCGUGCUCAGGCUCUGGAUCGUGACGGUAACCUGGUGGACGACUUUGUGUUCGAUGGUGGUGUGGGAGAGCUCGGCAGCCGAGUGUUACACGUACGAAACGCACCGUCGCCCGCGGCAACCUCCUCCCUCGCCAUCGGCAUGGCGAUCGCUGAUGAGCUGGAGGCGCGGUUCGCUCUGUAGACACGCCCACAGCUGUGUGAUGUCAUAACAAAGGCACUGUGGGAGAGAUAUGUGUGUGUGUAAUACUAGUCAAGUGUUUUACCUGCGUCAGAUCUGUUCACCUUCGUGGUGACUCUGCUUAGACCUCAUUAUCGAUCAGACUGUCAUUCACACGGUUACUCCGCUGAGCCGUGAGGGCGCUGCGCACGCGUCGUGUGUAAAACUUUACAAUUUUAUACGUCAGAUGAAAUCUAAUGAUCCGUCCUUUUCUACAUCAGAGUAUUUUUUCUCCUGUGUGUGAAUAUACUGAGAGUGAAGUGUAAUGCAGGUGCUGAUUAAUCAAUAGCACAAUACUAAUAACGUUUAUAGGAUUUUUUGUGGUUUGGAGAAAUGAUGAAUAAAUGAAUAUUUUUUGAUAAAGUUUCAUAA